AUGUCCGCAACCGAUCUCCAAGUCAAAACCGUCCGUUUGUCGCUUCGCGAACUGCCUCCAAACAGCCACCUCGUGCACGCGACCAACUGCCUCGCGACAUGGGGCUCCGGCAUCGCCGCCGAGCUGGCGAAGCUCUUCCCCGACGCCUGCGCCGUCUACAAGGCCUUUUGCCACGCCGCUAAGCCCCGCACCGCCGGCGACGACCGCUGGCCGCCGCGGAGCCUGGCCGGGCAGUGCCUCGUGAUUCCGCCGCAGCCGCGCGAUGUGGCGCGGGGCGCGCCGCGCGUGCACAUUGUGUGCCUCUUUACGUCGUACGGCUACGGUAUGCCUAACCGGCGGACAGGGAGGCCGGGUCGGGAUGUGGCGGACAGGAUUGUGCGGCAGACGCGGGCGAGCCUGCGGGCGUUUCGGCGGACACUGGACCAGGACGCACAGGUAGUCGCGGGCGCGGCCGCAGGUCGGGACGUGGCCGUCUACUCGCCCAUGUUCAACUCGGGCGCGUUUCGCGUGCCGUGGCAAAGGACGCUCGAGGUGAUUGAGGAGGAGUUCGCGGGCGCGAAGGCAACCUGGACGGUGGUGCUGCAACCGGCGCAACGAAGACGCCAAGCGUAA